GCAACGUUGGACUGCGUGGGCUCCGUGUCUCGGUCUCCUCGGCGCCCGCCGUAGGCUCAGCUACUCAAUCGUCACGCCAAGAAGCCAAUCAGACCAGGGUUAAGGAAUUGAGAAACCCGAACAUUACCUAAACUCCGUAGGGGAUGGAGACCGAUCACCAGCCUUCAUGAACUUCAUUUUACCACUACUUCGCGGAGAUAGCUUCUAGCAGUAAUGCGAGAGGCACCGGCGUAUGGAUUAAAUGACUUUAAUCCUCAAGGCCAAUGCUCUUCAAUGGGGCAUAGACGUAGACUUAGAACGAAGACAAGUAGUACAUAUACCCGGGUGUUUACCCUAUUUUCUUUGCGAUGUGUUCAUCACGAAGUAAAAACUAGAUUUCAAUAUACAUUUACAGGCGGCAUCAAUAGUAUAUUUUAGAAACAUACCACGGCUUUUGAGUUUUGACACUGAGAUGGCUUACGAAAGGUCCAUUAUCAUCACUGGCGGGACGGUGAAUCUAGGCUACUAUACCGCGCUACAGAUUGCCAAGGCACAUCCCGAAUACCUAAUCAUCGUCUCAUCACGAUCAGACCGCGAGCAUGCCGCGGAUACCAUCAACGAGACCCUCGGCCAAAAAAAUGUGGUCUACAUCCCACUGGAUCUCUCAAGCCUACAGAGUGUACGGACUUUUGCUGAAGACUGGGCAUCGAAGAAAUAUCCCCCUAUACAGGCCUUAGUUUUCAACGCGGCCAUACAACAUCCCGGACCUCUAGUUAAAACUGUUGACGGCCUCGAAUCAACUUUCGGCGUUAAUCACGUUGGUCAUGCUUUACUCUUCCACCUCCUGUGUCCUUACCUCGCCCACAAGGCUCGGGUGGUUGUCGUUUCCAGCGGGACUCACGACCCAGAUCAGGUUACUGGUGGCAUGCCCAAACCAAACUAUAUAAGUGCCGAGGAGAUGGCACAUCCCACAUCCGCCUCGAUUAAUAACCCGGGCCUCCAGCGGUACGCUGAAAGCAAGCUCGUGAACAUACUAUGGACGUACGCGCUCGACCGCCGUCUGAAACAGCGUGUUCCGGAGCGAGAGAUUACCGUGAAUGCUUUUGACCCAGGUCUAAUGCCCGGCACCGGAUUGGCGCGCGAACACAAUGCAUUUCUCCGGUUCCUCUGGAAACACGUCCUUCCAAGGAUUAUUUUACUUCUCAGGGUUAUCUUCGUCCCGAAUAUCCAUCAUCCGAAUGAAUCUGCGGCUUCGCUAACGCGCCUUGCGGUUGGCUCGGAUCUUGAAGGCGAAAGUGGCAAGUACUUUGAAGGUGCAAAAGUUAUUAGGAGUAGCAAGGAUAGCUAUGAUGAGGUUAAACAAGAUGAUGUUUGGCAAUGGACAGUGAAGUAUCUUGCGAAGGGGGACGAGGAACGGGAACGCUUCGAACAGCUGAAAUAGUUCAGCACUAAUUUGUUAUUAUUUUCCAUUCCGUAUCUCACAUCUAGACCUUAUGUAACAUUAAACCGAUAUGACGGAACGUGGAAAUAUACUCAGGGGUAUUUCUUUAAAUAUAACGUACCUACCUACCUAUAUAAAUGUAAUUAACAUUAGACUUAACUUCAAUCAUAAUUAAAAAUUACCUAUCACCGGAAAUAACAUACGAGU